AUGGAUGCGCCUUUCCCUACCGACGUGCAAGAAUUCGACGGCGACGACCGCAUAUCUUUCUCGAAGCUCGACAGCAAGUUCAUUGCUGUCCGGGACGAUGGCGCUGAGUUCGAGUUCGACGCCGACCGCCGGGUGUGGCAGCCGUUGGAUGAUCAAACCCUAGACGAAACUUUUCCGUCGCUGGAUUUACCACAGGAUCCCCAGGGAUCUGGAGCUGGAAAGAGAAGACACGACGACGAAGAAAAUGGAUCCGAGUCACAGGAAUCGAAAAAGCUGAAGCGCCCCAAUAAAAAGUCCAAGGCACCACCACAGCCGAAGCAAAACACGGCUGUUUACGUCACGGGCUUGCCCGCGGAUGCGACCGUCGACGAAGUCCACGAGCUGUUCUCGCGCAAGGGAGGUGUCAUUGCUGAGGAAAUUGACAGCGGUGCUCCGAGAAUAAAGAUGUACAACGACGCAGACGGCACCUUCAAGGGCGAUGCGCUCAUUGUGUUUUUCAAACCCCAGAGCGUUGAGAUGGCCAUUAUGCUACUCGACGAUACCGAUUUCAGAAUAACAGCGAGCGGCACGCGCGACGGGCGAAUCCGGGUGCAAGAGGCUGACUCGAGCUACAAAAAGGUGCAAUAUGACCAGGAUGGCGGCGCCAAAGCCGAGGGUGGUGGAAGCGCCAACAGCAGUAACAAGAGCAACGGCAACGGCAACGGGGAGCGUCGCGGGCCAACAAAGGAUCGACAAAAGAUUAUCAAAAAGACGCAAAAGAUGGACGCCAAGCUGGCUGACUGGAGCGACGACGAGGCGCCCGCGAUUGCGCCGGUUAACCUGAAAAAGGACAAGACGGUGGUGCUGCAGCAUAUGUUUACGCUACAAGAGCUCGAGGAGGAUCCGGCGGCGCUGCUGGAGAUUAAAGAAGACAUUCGGGACGAGUGCUCAAAGCUCGGCACGGUGACGAGCGUGGUAUUGUACGACGAGGAGGACGACGGCAUCGUGACGGUCAAGUUCAAGGAGUCGGAGUCGGCCCUGGCAUGUAUCAAUCUCAUGCACGGGAGGAGCUUUGGUGGUCUGAAAGUCGAGGCUGCGCUGGCAACGGGCAAGGAGCGGUUUAAAAAGUCGAAGGCGAAUAAUGAUGAUUUCUCUGACUAG